GAAUAUAGGCAAAGGUUUGUUCGUGCCAGGAUGCAAAACCAUAUUUGCUUUCGAAAAAGAGGGCGUAUUUUCCUCCGAAUAGGGCUUUGCGGUAGAAAUGCGAAGAAUCCCGCUUAAACUGAACAUAUCUCAGAAGAAGUUGAGGACUGAAAAGACCUGUUUAACAAUGAUGAACGCGGAUAUGGAUGCUGUUGAGACUGAAAAUCAAGUAGAAUUAGAAGAAAAAACACGACUUAUCAAUCAGGUUUUGGAACUGCAGCAUACACUUGAAGAUCUGUCUGCAAGAGUAGAUGCUGUUAAAGAAGAAAAUUUGAAAUUGAAAUCAGAAAAUCAGGUUCUUGGACAAUACAUAGAAAACCUCAUGUCUGCCUCUAGUGUUUUUCAGACUACUGACACAAAAAGCAAAAGAAAGUAAGGCGCUGGUAACCAAACAAUACUAUUGUAUUGCUGCUGCUUUUGUUUAAUUUUAAAUUACACAAGGCUACAUAAUACUGUAGUUUGUAUCAUCAUUGUAUGAAAAAUUAAUGUUAAUUCUAGACAUUUUAAUUUUUUUAAUGAAUUGGACAGUACAAGUCUGUAACGUCAGUUUUCAGCAACAUAGCAUAGAGAAAAUAUAUUUAUUACUAGCACAGUCUGAAUACAAGUGCUUUUGAAAAUCAGUUCUGCUUUUAUGGUUAAUGUCAUACAUGGCCAAGUACUGUAAUUAUCAUGGUUUUUAUAGUAUUACUAUUUGCUAGCAACAUAACACAGUGUUGUGCAGAGUGGUAUGAAAAUACUUAUUUGCAAUGAAUUAUUUGCAUGACUUCUCUUAGUUUUCAAAAAUGUUGUACAUACUCCAUCUCUUAUGCAUCCUCCUUCAGAAAAAAUCUAUGCUAAUUCUUCCAGAUGAAGAAAUAGUUUAGCUUGUUGAGUGGUGGAAGGUAAUUCUUUUAAACGAGGAUAUAAUAUAAUGUAUUGCUUGCAAAAUUGUAAAGAGGAAAAAGAGCACUCUAAAGCUUAAUAUACCACUCUCUGGAACUAAUAAAUUAUAAUUUUAAAAAUGUCUGAAAGUUCCUUUCACUUACUGGGCUGGUAUAAUGUUGCAGUUGAUUUAAGUGUGUCCUGUUUACAGAACACUUAGUUGCAUGGUAAUAUUAUCAGUUAUGAUGAUACAAGCUUAGGAAAAAUAAUCUUGUAAACAGUUAAUAAAUAUAUUUAUGAAUUUUCACUAGUUAUAGAUAUACAUUUACUGCAUAAUUCCUACUAACUUAUAACCACAUUUUAGCCCCACAGAUGUUUUGCCUUACAGUAAUAUAAUGAAAUUAGUGUUUUUCAAGCAUGAAAAUACUAUCUGCUACAGAGAUGUACCAAAUGUCUGUCUCUCUGAUACACUUCAAGCAGUUAAAUGUAGUAAGGCUUAUAUAACAUACUACUUUUCCAGGAUAAGUAAUUUACUUAAAUGCAGGUAUAUGCACAGUGACAUUUCUGAAUAUAUACAAUAAGGCUGUUAAGAAAAUAUUUAAUGUUCACCAAAGGUGAGCUGUGGGGAAUCAUUUUAUUGUCUGGUAUCAUUUAAACUUUGUUGAUAUUGCUAAGAAUGAAAAUUGCAGUCCUAAUGGACUUGGAAUAAGCAAUAAUUAGGUUUUUAGAAUGGGAUGUGGAAACAGUAUCAUAAUUGGUACUCACUUAGUAGGAGGCUUGAAAGAGAUAGGAAGUAUCUUUUAGUGAACUAUGUAUGUGUUUAAUGCUUUUUUCUCCUGAUGAAUCCCAGUAGAAAAAGAUUCUAGAAUUUUUUUCACUAUUCUAUGAGGAAUAUGUGUUUGAAACUUAUUUCACUUUCUCCAUUUCCAUUAAUCUAGUAAGUCAAACAACCGGCUUAAUUAGCAGUUUUCCUAUCCCCGCUUCCUCUAUGGAUAUGAUGCAAGUGCAACAUUUCAGAUUCAAAAAGAAACAUUUGGAUUGUAUAGGGACAGAAUUGAUUAGUGAUUAAGUGCCAUUUUAUCUUGGUGAAAUGCAUGGGGAUUGCUCCAAAUCUUCUUUUACACCACUUCAUACAUUUGAGGAAAGUAGGAAUAUGAAGAGAAGAACUGCUUGUGAAUAAUUGUGAGUUAAUAUAGAACAAGCCAGGAAUCAUCUAGUCUUGGGGUCACAUGAUCAAGAGACCUGAACUUAAAGACAAGCAUCCAUUUGCUCACAGGAAUUAUUUCUAUCCAGUUUAAGACUAAUUCAAACAGUUAGCAGCGUGAGAAAGUGCUAUCUAAAGAAGAUUGUUCAUGUGAUACUGAGUUUAAAUGUGCUUAUGAUUGUUUUAGUAAACAAAUCUACCACUGGGGAUUAUGUUCCACAAAUCUCAGAAUUUAUACCAAAUAAAGAUUUUUUGAGUGUAUUUUGGUCUGUUCUGCAGCUUUUAAAAUGUUAUUUGGAAAAUAAACCUUAAUAAAUAUUACAAUACUUUUUAUGAAAAA